AUGGAUAACGAUAACAAGCAGCAGAAGGAUACAUCUAAUAUGCAUUGUUGGCGCUGCCACAAAAAGGGGCAUCCCAUCAAGGUGUGUCCUAAGCUGAUGGACUAUGAGACGCCUGCUAGUGAGAAGAAUGGGAAGAAAAGUGAUGGUGGUGACUGUGAAUUUGAUCAGGGUGUUGUUGUUUGUGAUAAUGGAAGAUUAAGAAUUGCUGGCACAGGUGACAUAAAGUUGUCAUCAAAUAAUUCAAUUGAUAAAAUGCCAGAUGUUCUUUAUGUUCCUGGUUUGAGCACUACACUGUUGUCCGUGAAUCUAUUUACUGAUCGUGGUAUUAAUAUCCUGUUUACAUCAAAAGAUUAUGAAUUUGUUGAUGCUGAUGAUUGUGUCGUCAAUGGUUCAGUUUUGGGUACUGGAAGCCGAGAGAAUGGUUUGUAUCUUCUUGAUGGAAAACCAGACACCAAGUCAGUUUUUGUUAGUAAUGUUCAGGAUUAUGAUCUGUGGCAUCAAAGAAUAGGGCAUGUUGGUCAACAAAAAUUGAAGUUUUGGUUUUCUCAUCAGAUGAUGGACCACUUCCUGAGAGUUUUGGUAUGUGAACAAAAUUGUUCUAAGUAUACCCAAGAGCAGAAUGGUGUUGCUGAAAGGCAAAAUAGGUCAACGUUUGAAGCAGCUAGAAGUAUGAUGUUUAACGCUCAAUGUUCAAAGAAAUUGUGGGCAGAAGCGGUCAAUACUGCUGUGUAUGUUCACAACAAAGUACCCCAAACUGGUGCUAAUAAUUGUAUUCCUAAAGAGAGAUUCAUUGGACUGCCUGUGAAAUAUUCUAAUUUGAGAGUUUUUGGUUGUGAUGCAUAUGUGCAUGUACUUAAGAAGGUUAGGGGUGACAAAUUAGAUGCAAGAAGCAAGUCUUUGGUUUUUGUUGGGAAAGACAGAGGCAGAAAAGGGUAUUGCUUGUUUAAUCUUGAGCAUAGUGUUAAGUUUGAUGAAGGUAAGUUUACUGCUUGCUCUGAGGGUGUGACAGAUGUAAGUGAUGUUGUUUAUUAUAUAGUGGCUGAUUUGGUUGAGGGAAAUGCUAUAGAGGAAAUUCCUGUUGAUAAGGAAGGUGAGUUCCGUGAUGAUGAAUAUGAUGACUUUGUGGGGGAAAAUGUAAGAGAAUUGGGGAAAUUAAUGAAAAUGUGCAAAAUAGGAGGUACCCACUGA